AUGGGCUAUCCUUUUUGUAAUGACGAAUCCGCCGUUUCAAUCUGCGAUCCUCGACGUCGAUCGAGAUCUUCUCACCAGGAUCAGAAACGUCGUCUUAAGCUCCGGAUUUUCAACUACGACGAACUCGCCCUCGCUACAGACGGCUUCUCCGCAGGGAAUUUCCUCGGGAAAGGAAGCCACGGCAGAGUUUACAAGGCGGUUCUCGACGGCGGUAAGCUUCUCGCCGCCGUCAAACGGACCACGAUCGCCGCCGCUGAUGAUUAUAAUAAAUGCAGUAGCGUAAACCAGGUGGACAACGAGAUCGAGAUUCUCUCGCGAGUUCGUCACCGAUGGAUGGUCAACCUAAUCGGUUACUGCGUUGACCACCGGAGGAAGACGAAGCUGCUUGUCGUCGAGUACAUGCCUAACGGCACGCUUCACGACCACUUGCAUUCUCCGCCUCUUGUUAGCAGCUGGAACCGGAGAGUCAAACACGCGCUUCAGAUCGCGAUUGCAGUGCACGCGCUUCAUUCCGCCGAGACGCCGGUUAUCCACCGUGAUAUCAAGUCGUCGAACAUCCUAAUCGACGGCGAAGGAAACGCGAGGCUGGCCGAUUUCGGAUUGGCGUUGAUCGGAAACGUAAACGACGAGCAUCUGAAAUCCACUCCGCCGGCGGGAACGCUGGGGUACUUAGAUCCGUCGUACCUGGCGCCGGCGGAUCUAACCGCUAAGAGCGACGUGUUCAGCUUCGGGGUGCUGUUGCUGGAGAUUAUUAGCGGAAGAGAAGCCAUUGAUUUGGAUUUUAGCCCGUCGUGUAUCGUUGAUUGGGCGAUGCCUCUGAUAAAACGUGGCGAAUUCGCGGCGAUUUGUGAUUCCAGAAUCAGAAACCGUCCUAAGUCCGCCGUGAUCCGGAGAUUAGCCGUUAUGGCGGCGAGAUGCGUGAGAUCGACGGCGGAGAAACGUCCAGAUAUGUCGGAGGUUGUCGAGUGUUUGAACUCAGUGAGGAAGAUAUCUCAGGGAAACCCCGUGUGGAAUCGACUGUGGCGGAGGAGCGAAAACAGAUCGGAAAACGUAUUCGUGAGUGAAGAAAAGGAAGAGAUCCAUGUGAGGAUGGUGAGAGGAGGGAGCAAGAAGCAGAGCACGGUAUCUAGCGUGAGGAGCGAGGAUGGUGUGUGCGAGAGAAUAGUCACGGAGAUGCCGGUUUCUCCGUUACCGCAUCGUCGCCGGAAUCGUGUGUUGAGAUCGAGAUCAGUGGGUGCGAUGGGACGGUCGAAAGUUGGACCGGAUCCAAACGAUGGAGAUAAUACGGCGGUUGCAACUACAACAAUCAGGAUUCUCGUCGAGAGAGAAAGAGCGGCGACGAUGAAGCUGGGCAAGUCGAGGUCGGUGGGGAUGGUUCGUAGCCAUAAAACGGCGUCGCGGAAGAGAGAUUGA